GCUGUCUGCAACAGAUUUGCAACUAUGUAAGGUAUUGUCAUGAGUUUGCAAACCCUUCUUCAGGUCGCGUGUUCAUUCAUGCCUUGAUAAUUCGUUGUGUUCCCACAAACAAAUUGUCUCCGUAACCGCUUCGUUUGCUAUCUGCUUGCCCGCCCCCAGUCUAGCCCAAACAAGACAAUUAAUUGAAUAAGGUGCCUGUACCUUGCCUCGCCCUACUCAACAACAAUUUAUUAGCAUGGACCGUCCAGUAAGACCCCUGCCCUGGCACCCCUCGCCUACCUUACCUUACUUUCGUACGUUGCCUUACCGUGCCGCCAACGCCCGGCAUCUCCUAAAGCUUUCCUCAAAGUGUCAAAUGACAAUUAAUUUGUCCUCACCGGCAAGGUACUGAACGCCACUUUCGGGGACCAGUUCUUAAGCUCUAUAUAUAAUUUCUAAAACUACGAGGGUCUCAACACGGCAAGUGAGUUGUAGGUUUUCUUUUUCGUUUCUUGGCCACACCUUGGCGUUGCACUUUGGGAAAAAGACCAAUCAAUGUGUCCGAUCCACCUGCCUGGAUCCGACCCAAAAACCAACCCAAAAACCGGCAGCCACCCUUCGGACACACACUUCAACCCAACUUUCCUCACGCAAAUAGCUUGCCUUGUCCUGCCAUACCAUUCAACAUUAGCUGACACAGUUACUGGCAACAAACCACAAGACUACCAUCACCGACGACGCUCGACCUUCCCCGUCACCGACUCGUUAGAACCUGUUCCCAUUGGGAUCAGAAAACUUAACCCAAAGCUCUUCCUACUGAAUCGAAGUCAUUCACCAUGAGCGAAGCUCCUCAGGCCCGUCGGGUAGGGUCUGUAGACGACCACAGCGUCUACGAUGAUGCAAAGACGUACUAUACAUCCGAGGAGCGGCACAACAACUCGAGGAGCGGUCCUAGGCAGAGGACGUACUCGCAGAACAGCUUGCUUGGUCAGAUGGAGCGAUUGGGCCUGAAGGAACCAUUCCGGAGAGGCAGUCAUGACGAGUCCAACCACAAUAGACGUUUCCUCAUCCAGGUCGACCCCACCCUUGAAAGCCUGAAAUCCCAAGAGGAUACCGAUGGGAAUAUGCAAAUCACCAUCGAGGACAACGGGCCCAAGGUUCUUACGCUUCGCACUGCAGGGUCCAACGGCCACAACAGAUUUGACAUUCGUGGCACUUACAUGCUUUCGAACCUCCUCCAAGAGCUGACGCUGGCACAAGAAUAUGGACGCAAACAAGUCAUUCUUGAUGAGGCACGUCUGAACGAAAACCCGGUCAAUCGUCUGUCCAGAUUGAUUCGGGACCACUUCUGGGAUGCUCUUACUCGUCGCAUCGAUGCAUCUAGCAUUGAGGUAGCAGCCAAGGAUCCCAAAGACUGGACCGACGACCCUCGGCCCCGCAUUUACGUGCCAAAGGGGGCACCUGAGCAGCUUGAGUACUACAAAAAGUUGGCUGCGGAUAAGCCCGAUAUACGCCUGGAUGUCGUUGAGCUUCCCGAGACUAUUACUCCCGAGUAUGUCGUCGGCAUCAACAAAGCCCCGGGUCUUCUUGCCGUGGACAUGGAAGAGACUGUGGACCCCAAGACCGGGGAGAGGGUCAUGAGCGGUCGUCCAUUCGUCGUUCCUGGCGGUCGCUUCAACGAGCUGUACGGCUGGGACAGCUACAUGGAGUCUCUCGGUCUCCUUGUUAACGACAAGGUCUACCUGGCCAAGUCCAUGGUCUUGAACUUCUGCUUCUGUAUCAAGCACUAUGGAAAAAUCUUGAACGCCACUAGGUCUUACUACCUUUGCCGAUCCCAGCCGCCAUUCCUCACUGACAUGGCUCUGCGCGUCUACGACAAGAUUCGACACGAGCCUGACGCAACCGAGUUUCUUCGGACCGCCAUCCUUGCUGCAAUCAAGGAGUACCACAGUGUUUGGGUGGCCGAGCCCCGCUUGGACCCAGUCACUGGCCUCUCACGAUAUAGGCCCGAGGGAACCGGCGUGCCGCCGGAGACCGAAGCUGACCACUUCUUGCACAUCUUGGAGCCUUACUACAAGAAACACAACAUGACCUUCAAGGAGUUUGUCGAAGCGUACAACUUUGGUCGCAUCCGAGAACCGGAGCUGGACAAGUACUUCCUGCACGACCGGGCCGUGCGAGAGUCUGGCCACGAUACUUCAUACCGUCUGGAGGGUGUAUGUGCAGACCUUGCGACCGUUGAUCUCAACACCUUGCUGUUCAAGUACGAAACAGACAUUGCGCGUACCAUUCGCAACGUGUUUGGAGACAAGCUCGUCAUCCCAGCCGAGUACUGCGUCGGUUCCCUCCAGCCAGGUCAGGUUGAGACGUCGGCAAUUUGGGACCGACGAUCUAAGCGGAGAAAGCUCGCCAUUGACAAGUAUCUGUGGAACGAGGAGGCGGGUAUGUACUUCGACUAUGACACUGCCAAGCGCCAGCAGUGCAACUACGAGAGCUGCACGACCUUUUGGGCGCUGUGGGCUGGCGUUGCAAGCCCCAAGCAAGCGGCUAUUAUGGUCACGCGGGCACUCCCCAAGUUCGAGGCAUACGGAGGUUUGCUUUCAGGCACAGAGGAAUCAAGGGGCCAGAUAGGACUGGAUCGCCCAAACCGUCAAUGGGACUACCCCUAUGGCUGGGCGCCACAGCAGAUGCUUGCCUGGACGGGCCUGUAUCGCUACAGCUUCACCGAGGAGGCUGAAAGGCUGGCAUACAAGUGGCUUUUCAUGAUCACCAAAGCCUUUAGCGACUUCAACGGCGUCGUGGUAGAGAAGUAUGACGUAACGCGCCCUGUGGACCCGCACCGCGUCGAUGCGGAGUAUGGAAACCAGGGUCUUGGGUUCAAGGGAGUUGCGAAGGAAGGAUUCGGCUGGGUCAACGCCAGUUACAUCUACGGACUUCAGAUCAUCAAUGCCCACAUGCGCCGCGCGUUGGGGACCCUCACGCCGUACGACACCUUCAUCAAGGCACUUGAGGAUAAUCGUAACCGCGCUCUGUCAGAGAUGGUCUGAAUUGAGCUCAAAAGGCAAGAUUCCAAGACGCUCAAGUAAGAGACAUAACGCCACUGGACAUCGUCCUAUAUAACGUAGCGUGCUCGCCUCUUACCUCGUGCCGCGGCGUAUUGCAGGCGUUGCUACCUCCAAAGAUCAGCAAGAUGAGAAAAGACAUUUCGUGUUAUUCUCAAGUCUCGUUCCUGGACCAUCAUUUCUUAACUUGCAUAAGCUCUUAUGGUAGUGGUUACUUGCAUUUAUAGAGGCUAUAGUAGUGACAGGAGAUGGAACAGGGGUUUGUGUAUAGAUUCGCUACUCUAUAGGGCCCCACUUCGAUAGAGAGGUUAAUAGAAGGUUUCUUGGUCCGAAAAAAAGUUAGCAGGCUAGAUGCAUUGUCGAUUGUAGUUCAGGUAAUGCUUCUGCUAAGUUAAUAAAGUUGAAAGGAUCGUGAGAAGCCAAAAGACCUGUAUGGGUAGUUGAAAGAUAGGAGGAGGGGUAGCGGUGGGAGUUGGUUAUAAAAGUGGAGCUCAACGU